AAAAGGAGAAGAAGGGGGAGUGUGUAAAAAGAGAGAGAGAAGAAUAGAUAAAACCAGAGCCAGGACCAUGAGCUCUGCACUGCCUUAUGACUCCCUGUCAGCUCGACCCAGUCCCAGCAGACAAGCUUUGGACUGGGAGCGUGAGCAGCUAGCUGUACGAAGACUGUCCUCUCCAAGGGGUCUCGAUCUCCUCACCCCUCCUCCUUUUCCUCGUCGACCCUCUGCGAUUCCUGGCUACCUGCUCCCAUCAUAUCGAGAGCAGGAGGAUCAGCUCCACCAGCAGCAGCGACUAUCUUUGUCAGUCGGCUCAGAAGCUUCCCUGGCGCCUCCUGUGCCUCCACCUGGGGGUGCUGCCCCACCCUGCUGCCGCCCAGUGGGAGUUAUGCAUCUCCUGCGCCUGGGUCUGCUGGCCUUCAGUUGCCUCUUCUGGGCUGCAGGUUUGGCCAUCUUUACUCUAGGAGUUUGGGCGCAGAUUUCACUGGCAGACUUCAUGCUGCUGUCUACCAAUCGCUACCCCAACGCCCCACUCAUCCUUCUGUCCACUGGGGCAGCUGUCACGGCCUGGGGUUUCCUGGGUUGUCUUGGGGUAGCUGCCAACUUGCCCUGUGUGCUUAGGGCCUAUGGCUUCUUCCAACUUGCUGCACUUAUUGCUGGUUUGGCCGCUGGACUAUCUGGCCUUUUCUACCGUGAAGACAUUGCUGGAGGAUUUCGCAGCGGCCUACAGCGAGCGGUGGCAGGUUACACGGAGGAUGAAGGUCGUGCAGAUGCUUUAGACAGCCUGCAGAGGGCCUUGGAAUGUUGUGGAGCAGAGGGUUGGCGUGAUUGGCUCUCCUCGGACUGGGCCAUCCAACAUAUGGCCUUCCCAUCCACUGAAAAUGGCACCUCUGUGUCCCUGCCAGACAGCUGUUGCAUUAGGCGUAAGGGCUGCAGGAACCGUCCUCUACUGUCAGAUGACAAUGAAGGAGUAGUUAUUGCAGGGAUCCAUCCACAUGGCUGUUUCCGCAAGGUGUUUAGCUUGGUCAAUGACAACGUCUUUCAUAUCGCUGCCACUGUUUUGGGACUGGCAUUCACUCAGAUAGGAGGCAUCGCUCUAGCUUGUCUGCUUGCCAACAGAAUGGCACCAAGGCAACAUCGACGUGUAGUGGCACACUGAUGGUCAGUUUGGAAAAUGAACACCAAAAAAACAAGAACAGACAAAUUUUGAAGAUAAUUUGGAAGGAAUGUUUACUUCCUUAAUGAAUAAUAGAGUUGCAUAGUUGGUGGAGUUUGUAUUCAUAAUCAUCUGUC